GGCUGGGAGGGCUGGUGCCACCAGAUGGUGCUGCCAGCCGGUCACGCUGUGCUUGGUGUCACCCUGGGGACAGCCGAGGGUGCCACCCCGCCCCAGCUCCGGCUCGGUCCGGGACACGGGGAGGCUCCAACAGCUCCAGAGCUCCGGCCUGAUCCGGAGAUAAGGGAGGGUGUGACCCCUGCACGGAUCAGAGUGAUCCAGGACAGCCGGAGGCUGCAACAACGGGACAGCUCCAGCUCGAUCCAGGGCGCCUGGACAGCUCCGCGUUGAUCCAAGAGGGUGCAGAGCUGGGUGAUUCCAGCUCGGUCCAGGACAGCUGGAAUCCUCCACAGCUCCAGCGUGGGCCUGGGGGCUUCUCCUGGUCCCCACUUCCCCGGGAUGUCACCGGGGAAGGGACAGCAGCACGACCCCGUGGUGGGUGUUGGUGUCAGCCCUCGGCAGAGGCUCCCCGGGAUCCAGGCAGAGCAGGAUGGAGCCGGAUUCAUCACCCGAGCUGCCAUGGUGAUCCUGCCGAGCUCUCCAGCCUUUUCUUGGAGAUGGAGCUCUUAUUCCACCCACCAGCACCCAGCACUCUCCAGGCACCGGCAGCUUUGGGAUCUCCCUCGCAGAUAAACCAGGAUUUGAGCUCCUGGGAGCGGCCGCCGAGCCCAGCGUGCCCCGAUGACUUCACUCCCCUUUCCAUUCCCUUUAUAAGCACCGCCGGCAGCAGCUCGUCCAGCCUUGGCGCAGGAAUCGGGAACAAAUCCUGCCCCGAAGCCGCCGCUUUUCUGCGGGAUGCUGAGGACAGCGCUGCCGAGGGCGCUGCGGGGUCUGGGGGCCGCCCUCACCUGCCUGCAGCUCCUGGGGCUCCUCUCGGCCGCGGAUUCCCGGCCCCACACGUGGGAGCAGGACAGGUUCCAGCUGGAAGCGGUGAAAAAGGAGAUCCUGGAGCGGCUGGGGAUGCCGGCUCCCCCCGCCGUCCGGCGCCGCUUGGACCAGGAGAGCAUCCAGAGAGCGCAGCGGCUCUACCAGCACAAAGUGGCGGAGCUGGCGCGGAACCGGAGCCGCGACGGGGAGGAAGAGGAGGGAGCCGUGUCCAGCAGGCGGCGGCUGCACCGCCUGACCCCCACCCUGCUGCGCUGGCCGGACAUGCCCGAGGGCCACCAGGACUCCCAAGGACACCGGGACGCUGAGGGACACCGCGAGCCCCGCGGUCCCCACCGCUACCGCCUGCUGCUGUCCCGCACCGCCGAUUUCCACCGGCAGCUCCGCGUGGUGCGGGCGGAGCUGAAACUCUUCCAGCAGCCGCCGUCCCUGCCCGGGGCCCCGGUGCCACCGCGGGUCACCAUCUACACCCUGCGGGGGGCUCAGGGCACCCCCCAGCUCCUGCACAGCCAAGAGCUGGAUCGGGAUUCGGGAAGCCUGGACCUGACAGGAGCCGUCCAGCCCUGGGUGGCCGGGCCCGAGGCCACGCUGCGCCUGGAGCUGGAAUUCACCUCCAACAUCUCAUCUGCCCUGGUCAUGUCCCGGGGGGAAACGCCGGUGCUGGAGGUGGAAACGCAGGAGAUCCCGGCUCGGGCAGCCAGGAGAGCUCGGGGGCUGGAGGAGGAGUGCGGGAGGAGCGACGGGAGGUGCUGCCUGAAAUCGCUGAAGGUCUCCUUCCACGACAUCGGCUGGUCGGACUGGGUGGUCGCCCCCCACAGCUACCACAUGAGGUUCUGCGAGGGCUCCUGUCCCCACAACUACAAACCGGCCAGCAUGCACGCCCAGAUCCGGUCCCGAGUGCACUCCCUGUCCCGGGCCGCGCCCCCGCCCUGCUGCGUGCCCGCCGCCUACGACCCCAUGGUGCUGAUGCACCUGGACAGCGAGGGCAGGCUGGUGUCCAGCCUCUUCGAGGACAUGCUGGUCACCAGGUGCCACUGCGCCUGACGGUGGCACCACAGCUCCGGCCAGUGGGUCACUGUCCAGGUGGGGCAGAGGAACCCACUGGCAGCUCCAGCAUCCCGAAAUCCGCAUCCUGUGGCACCGAGUGACUCCACGCCAGCCCUGGAUCCACCACGGAGCUCAGCCAUGGAGUCUCCUGCACCCACACCCCAAAAUCCAGAUCCAAGUGACUCCACGCCAGCCCUGGAUCCACCACGGAGCUCAGCCAUGGAGUCUCCUGCACCCACACCCCAAAAUCCACAUCCAGAUCCAAGGGAUUCCAAACCAGACCUGGCUCUGCUGCCCCAGUUCACCCCUGGGGUCUCCUCUCUGCCACCCAGCUCAGUCUCAGCAUCUCCAGUUGUGAAUUCUUCCCCUCAAUAAUUUAUUCCCCUGUCUCUUCUCUUAAUUAAAUCCAGAUUUUAUUGAGCAGGUGGAUCCUUCCCACCCAAGAGACCCCCAAUGGGUCGGGGUGGGUCCGUGUUCAGGUCUCCAUAUCCCACUCCAAACCCUCUUCUCUGCUCAGAGACUUAUUUAUGCAACCCAGUUAUUUAUUUCUAACUUAUUGUAUUUUAUAGCAAAAUAUCCUUCUGGGGGAGGGGGGAAAGAGGGAGGGAGGGAGGG